AUGCGGAUCUAUCGCUGCUGGUUUUGUUCCAGUCCCAUUUAUCCGGGUCAUGGAAUAAUGUUUGUUAGGAAUGACUGCAAGGAAUUCCGGUUUUGCCGUAGUAAGUGCCAUAAAGCAUUUAAGAAGAAGCGUGCUCCGCGAAAGACGAAAUGGACCAAAACCUACAGAAAAUCCUUUAAAAAGGAUCUUAGUGAUGAUUUUGCUCAGACUUUUGAAAGAAAGAGAAAUUAUAUUCAGAAGUAUAGCCGCGAAAAGCUCAUAACUACACUGAAUGCAAUGAAGACAAUUAGUGCUAUUAAAGACAAGCGUGAAAGACUUUUCGUCACUAAGCGAUUAAAGAAGGGUGUUGAGUUAAGGAAAAAAGAGGACGUGAAGUUGGUUAACACACAGAUGCACCUUAUCAAAGCGCCCAACGCGAGGGAACGUGCAGUGGAGGACGAAGAGAAGGUAAAUGUCACUGAACAAAUGGACGUUGAAAUGGAAGAAUUAGAGGCCGAAAUGAAGAAGUCUCUGCCAUCAACAUCUAAGCGCGUUGCUAAAAAACGCUUGCUUGUCAACAAGCUUUGA